GUGAAUGAUAUGAAAUAUCUUGACUUUCCUUUGAAGUUUGAUGGUUAUUUUUUUAAUUUAUUUAAAUCUAAUUAAUUUAAAAUCUUAAAAUUGUUUUUAUUCUUUAUAAUUUGAGCGGAGAACCUUCAGUUGCAAGAGUUUUAAUAAAUUACAUUGCUACUUGCUUUUAAAAUUAAAAGUUGAUCAAACAUAAUGGCGUUAUUCGUACAAAAAUUAGUGAACUUUAAUAAAGUGACAAAAAUAAAUCCAUUUAAUUUGUAUAAAAGAUUACAAACUACAAACUCUAGUAAUCCCAUAAUUUCUCAUAUAGACAAAUUAGUAAAACAGAAUAAAAUCGUAGUAUUUAUGAAAGGUGACCCACAAGCCCCUAGAUGUGGCUUCAGUAAUGCGGUUGUGGAUAUUUUAAAUAUUCAUAAAACUACUUUUGAUGCUCAUGACGUACUUAUAGAUGAAAAUUUAAGAAAUGGUAUUAAAGAAUAUUCUAAUUGGCCAACGAUUCCACAAGUAUUUGUUAAUGGAGAAUUUAUUGGUGGAUGUGAUAUUAUGUUACAAUUACAUAGAUCAGGAGAACUUGACAAGAUAUUAGCAAACGACAAAAUAGAAAAAGAUGGUGAAGACAAAACAAAAAUCUAAUUUAAAAUAAAUGGUAAUGUCAAUUUGUUAUAAAUUAUUUGAAGCUUGUCAUCAAUGAAAGUAUGCUUAAUUAUUAUCAAAUGAGUUUAGUAGUUUGUAUUGUUAUUUUUUUGAGGAUUGUAUUUUUAUUUUAAAUAUGUAUUAUAUAUAAUUUUUCUCAAAAUA